AUGGAUGUUUGGGACUCUAUUGCUCGUAACUUGAACACCCUCGCGAAGUUUGACCGACAUCAAUUCGACGGCAAAAAAGCCCAAGCCCAGUUCAACAUCUUGCUGAGGGACCACGGAGAACGCAACAACGCUUCGCAGCGUACAUCUGGGGUCGACGAGGAAGUCACCGAGAAAACGAUCCAUUUGGACGAUCUGAGCGCUCUGGUUGAAGAGGCGAAGCAGGAGGACAUGCGUCGUGCAGCAAGCGAGAUGAUGAAGGUGCUCACAUUAAUGAACGACGCAAACAAGAACGAGCUUGAGUUGCGCAAGUUCAUGUUCAAGAAGGAGCUGGAAGAGCGUCAGAAGGAACGAGAGGCCCAAGCAAGAGAGCGUGAGGCUCAUGGCAGGGAACGUGAGGCCCAGUUGCAACAAAUUCUAGCGCUCCAAACUACCAUGACUGCUUUGAUUACGACUCUUGUAAUUGACUUUGAUUACUAUAUAUCUUUACAAAUCAACUAUGACCACUGUAUCAAGAUACUCUUCUAA